UUUGCAGCCCUGGCUGGGGCUCAGCGCGUCGCUGCCCCCUCCCCUCGGACAGCGGAGGCGGGUUGGUUUGAAAGGGAGGCGGCGGCGGCGGCUGCCAUGUAAGUGGCUCGGGCGGGCGGCAGUAGGAGGCGCCGUUGGGAGCCGGGUGAGCAGCACCGUGGGCAGGGGGCGGGCGUGCCCGUCCCAGCAGCCAUGAGCGCCGCAGGCGGGCGGCGGCCGGCCGGGGCGAGGCGCUGAGGGCCCGGCCGGAGGCUCCCCGGCCCCCGCCCAUGGCCUUCAUGAUGAUGAUGAAGAAGAAGAAGUUCAAGUUCCGCGUGGAGCUGGAGCUGGACGAGCUCUCGUCCGUGCCCUUCGUCAACGGCAUCCUCUUCUGCAAGGUGCGGCUGCUGGACGGCGGCAGCUUCAGCGGGGAGUCCUCCCGAGAGGUCGUGCAGGCAAACUCUGUUCACUGGAAGAAGAAGUUCUUAUUUAUGUGUAAAAUGAGUGCCAGUGCCACUACAGGCAUUCUGGAUCCUUGCAUCUGCAGAGUAUCUGUACGGAAGGAGUUAAAAGGUGGAAAGGCAUAUGCAAAGCUGGGCUUUGCAGACCUAAACCUUGCAGAGUUUGCUGGAUCGGGAAAUACCACUCGUCGCUGUUUAUUGGAAGGUUAUGAUACCAAAAAUACCAGACAGGAUAAUUCCAUUCUCAAAGUAUUGAUCAGCAUGCAGCUAAUGUCCGGAGACCCAUGUUUUAAAACGCCUCCUUCCACAGGAAUGUCCAUCUCAAUUGCUGGAGAAUCGGAAUCUUUACAUGAAGACAGGAAAGGUGGAGAGAACUUGAAAGUGGUACGUCUGGGUGUAUCAGAUCUCUCAGCAAAGAGUGCAUCAGUCCCAGAUGAACUUGGUGCAUGUGGACAUUCCAGAACAUCAAGCUAUGCAAGCCAGCAAUCAAAAUUGUCAGGGUAUAGCACAUGUCACUCCAGAUCAUCCAGUUUUUCUGAUCUCUGCCAUAGGAGAAACACCUCAGUGGGAAGUACGUCUACAGGAAUUGGAAGUAUUCUAGAGCCAUGUGAAGAGACUGAACCAAAAGUAACUGAUGAUAAUUUUGAUACUCCUGUUAAAGAUAUAUCUUCAGAAAAACUCAGCAGAAUCUCUAAAUGUAUUUAUCCUGACAGGCAUCCAGUGAAGCAAGACUCUGUAGAGUCACAACUGAAGCGGGUUGAUGCCACCAGAGUAGAUGCAGAUGAUAUAGUUGAAAAAAUAUUGCAGAGUCAAGACUUCAGUUUAGACUCCAGUGCAGAAGAAGAAGGGCUGAGAUUAUUUGUGGGCCCUGGGGGAAGUACUUCUUUUGGAAGUCAUCAUCUACCCAAUAGGGUAGGAUCCGGAGCAUAUGAGCAAGUGGUGAUUAAACGCUAGAACAGCAGGACUUGAACAGAAGAAUAGUUGUAGAGUUCCUCCAUGGAUAAUUAAGAGGUGUUCAUUUAAUUCCAACAGUUAUCAAAGUUGAUGUGAUGAGAUAGACUCUUUCAAGAGGGGAACUCACAUUUGGUCUGAAUUGUCUGAGUACCUCCUGCUCAUAAAAGAUCCUUCAUAUCUACAGUGGUAUAAAGGCAAUUUUUAGUAUCUAUGCCUUGUACAAGUGUAUAACCAUUGUUGUGACUGUUACCUAAUGUUAGUGGAUUACUUGCUUUUGUAAUUUAUGUGUAAAACAUCUUGUGGAAACCUGAUAAAUGGUGUCUACUUGAACAUAGUUUUAUAUAGAAGUUCAUUAGUGAUGACGAUGUGUUCUGUUUGCAACUUGGCUUUCAGAAGAAGCCCCUUAGAAAAAAAUUAGUCUUAAAUUAAUCUAGUUCAAAACUUAAAUUCUACCAUUAGAAAUAAUUCUUCAUAAAUAACUUUUAAAAUAUUACUUGCCAUUUCAGUGCUAUAAUGGCUAAUUCCUUCUAUCAGGCCAUAAUUAAUAUAAAAUGGGGUUAAUGCUUCCAAGAAAACAACUUAGUUGUGCUUUAAGAUGUCCUAUUUGUUUCAGUAAUAUUAAACUUGUAAAUGCAUUGAGCAUAAUUAACUGUAAGGUUGAGUAGCAGAUGGUAGAGACAAAUAUAUAAAAGCAAAAUACAAGUGACUAGGUCUAAUAACAUCAAACAAUAUGUGUUGCUACUUGUAAAUAAAAUCUGGUGUCUUAAGUGCAUCAGUAUGACUUCUGGCCCUAUGUAAAUGACAAAAUAUAUUUAAAAUUUCACAUCAGAAUUACCAAAUCAUAGUAAAGCACUCAACAAGCUGGUCUUGUAUGCCUGAGGAUAGUAUGAUUUUAUGGUUUGGGGUAUAAAACUUUAAUCUCGGUAAGUGAGAUUCAGCUGUCUAAACAAAAAGUAAAGCUUCUUCCAAAUGUGAUUUCAAUAACACAUGAACCUUAAAGCUCAAUGGAAGAUAGUGUCAAGUGAAAAGUAGUCAGCAGCUUAACACCACUGUGAACACGUUUUUCUAGCUUAACCCUUUGCAGUUGGGUAGUAUAUCUCUUACAGCUGAAGGUGCCUUGUUCCUGCGGGUGGGAGAUGGGGAGGGAAGGAUGGAUUACCAAAUGAAGCUUUUAAGAAUAAAUGGACAUCUAGACUAACUAUUGCCAAUAUAAUUUACUAACAGAAGCACUUUAUAUAGUAUACAUGCACUCUGCAGUCUGAAAAAUCAAUCUCUGGGCAAAGGCCUCACCUUUUUUGUGUAGAAUCACUAACAGCUUCACUAUCUGUCCAUUGUUACACUUUGAGGCAUGAAACAUUUUGACCAAAAUGUACUGUACUUUAACUUGCACAAAUGGAAUGGCUUGGUCUAAAAUGUAUUAGUUUUAGCAAAAGGUGAGAAUUAAAGAUCUUUUAACAAAAGCAUUGUUUUGCUGACAGCUGUAAAAGUAUUUGCUUAUUUUUUUAAAAAAGAUUUCUGGUGGAAUGACAAUCUAACAGUUGAGGUUUAGAUGUAUUUUAGUACUAAAUUGCAGUAGAAAACCUAGUUUUGCUGAAAAUUAGCCAUACAGUUUACCAAUAUGAUCAGAUAGGUUUGAAUGAAUCAAAACAAUAUUGUGGCCAUUUUAUUCUUUAACACUCUGAAGGUUUCAAAUUCUUCUCUGAAACAAUUGGUAUUUAGGUUCCUUCUCUGGAAGUAAAAUUUGAAGUCUUAAUUCUUAGGCUGUAUUAAGAAAAUUUUGUUUUACAUGGUUUUUAAUAGGUUUUACUUUUUCAUAAGUGUAUAGUAUAAACUGUUCAUUAUUGAACUCAAUGUUUUAUUUAUAUUAGCUUAAAGGAAACCUUAGAGUUCAAAUUUUGUUGAAUACUGUUAGAUAAGAGCUAUUUCUUCUUAAUUAUGGUAUUUAAAAGGAGUAUUUUUCUAUUUCCCAUUGCUUGUAAUUUUUUUAAUUUGGACUAUUCUAAUGGGUAAAACGUAUUAAAUACAACUUGUUUGUAAUAACUGCAGUUAGAGUGAGAUUGUGGGGGAGAUGACAAAAUGCUUACAAGAAAUGUAAAAAUGAUCCUUUCAUAAAAAAGUUGCCAUUAGUGUGUGUUUACAUCAUACAGAUAAAACAUGCCAGUUUCUGUUUUCCAAAUUUUUGAAUAGAAAGUAUUGAUAAGGUUACUGGGUUUAAGUUAAAGCUGAGAAAUCAUAGCAACAAAGUAUGAAGGGUGGUUUUAUGAAAUGGACAAAACUUUUUGCAGUACUAAAUUGUUUAUGGAGAGUGAUGGUGGAGCCUAAGAGCACCAAUGCUAGCUUUAUAGCUCAUUCUAAGGGGCACACGACUUCAAAUGGGGCCUAUUUUUUUCCUGAAACUUAAGGAUGUUGGUUUUGUACACACUGAUUUAAACUGACUUUUACUCCUAUAAAACUAUCCAUAAUUUGCUUGUUGCCACAAACCAGUAACUCUAAUUUUUAAAUGCUUCUAGUUUACGUUUGCAGUCUCUUUAUAUGCAAGGUGCCUAAUAUCACAUCUUGCUAUUUCAUCCUCUUUAGCAUACUAUGCUUUUUUUAAAAAGCUAAAUCAAUGAAUCCAGUCCUUCAGCUAAUGUUAUUUGAUAGACAUUUACCAGACUUUAUUAAAAAUGUACAACUGUAAAAGACCAUUUUUAAGCACAAAAAGCAGAACUUGAAGUGUCCUUAAAGAAUUUGAGGAAUAGGAGCUGGCUGCUACUGAUUCUUUUCUUCAAAUAAUGUAAUCCAUAUUUUAAUAAUAUAAAAUGCAUAUUUACAAUUCACAGUUUAUAAGGGCAGAAGCUAACCCCAUAAUGUUGAUAUUUAGAGGAAAAUAAGUUUGUGAGUCCAAAGAGCAGGCUGGUUUCAGAUAAUUUUAUUUAAAAUACUCAGGCAUUUCUAGUUAAUCUAGUAACCAAAAAUGCCCCUCUCGUCCUUCUGGCUUUCCUAAUGUUAUUUCAGUAGAACUGCUUCGUUCAGCAACAAGUGCCAUUGUCCGUUAGUUCAGAGGAAUCUUGAACGUUUGGCAUUUUCCAUAAAACCUAGAAAAUUGUUGAAAAAUGUAGUUUUGAUUGCAUUGAUAUCAAUGGGUCCAGCAUUUGGUUGAGGUACAGCAUGAGUUACUACAGAUUGAUGUGUUGAUUCAGUGCCUGGGAGUUGAAAUAACAUUCAGCAUCAUUAAUCAUGUAGUGUACAAAAAGCAUGGGGUUUAGUUAUAACAUUACAAGUAUUUAAGCCCUCUGUAUCCUCUGGAUUCCAUACCUAAUUUUGACAACUAUUCAUGCAAAGUCCAUUAUGUCCCCCAGCAGGAUUUUUUUGUGCAUUGAGUAAUAAGCUAUUUGUACUCUGUUUCAGUGUGAAGAAAUAAAGCCGUAAUUACCUCUCCCUUCGCGUUGCAAAUUUUUGCAUUUUUAUGUCACUUAUUACUAUUGCAGCAAGCUGUGUAACUGAAAGCCAAACUGCAUAUAUAACUUGCAAAUGUGGUUUUAUUUACUCCCAAAUUGGAUUUUGGUGCAUGUCUUGACAAAACUUGUCAAAAACAAGAAAGUCAUUAGAUGGUGACAGGCUGAAAUUAUUAUUAUUUAUUUAUUUAUUUUACUUGUGGAAAAAUGGGUAAUUAAAGGCUGCCUUCUUUAAAAUUCAAUUGUACGAACACUUAUGUAGUAUCUUACCUGGUAAAUUUAGCUUUUAAUUCUGUUUUCAAGUACACAGAUAACUAAAGCCUAUGCAGUAGGCAGUUUGUGUAGCUUGGUUGAAGUCAUUUGUCCUCCGGCCACAUAAGAUUUUGUAGGGGGGAAACAUUUGUAUGUAAGUCAAAAUUUGAAUAAAUCUCCAUUGUAUUUUGUUGGUUUAUUGUUCACACUUAACAACAAAACUCUCCACGAAGUGAUUCCUUAAGUAUGUCUCUUAUACUUGGAGAAUGACCUUCAUAUUUAGGUACAGUACUUAAUUGUGUAAACUGUAUUAUAGUGAAAUCUAGGGAGACUGAUAUAGUAAAAUCUGUUUUUCUAAUAAAAUGUAAAAUUUGUAAUGUAAAAAUGGCCUCAUGUAGACAAUUAAAAAUCAUGUCUUCAGCUUGGAAUGUGUUUUUUAAAAACAAGUGCUUGUUGAGAUUAAAAGAAUCUAGUCUACUAUAAA